AUGGACCUCUUGCUUCUAGACAUCCCUUCCCAUCCUUCCUCGCGGGCGAAAACAGUCCGCAUCGCAUCCCCGCCCGUGCGCUCUCAAAUAUCCCCCAUUGAGCCACAAUCUCCUCUAUCGACGGGUACGACUACUCCAUUCCAAAGCGUCUCGAUGCGUCGUGAUUCUCCGCCUCCCCCAGUGCGAGAUUUAGAGUCGGAAAGUUCAGACGAUGAAGCUUCCCCUGAUCCUUUCGGCAACCCGGAGGUCUCCGGGAACGACGAAUAUGACAGCCAGGAGCUUGAAGACAGCACACAACCGAGUCCUCGGUCAGCGAGGACGCAAGGGUCGGGGACCGGGCAACAUGAACAGCAGGAUCCGGGUGGAUUGAAGAGGUCGAUGCCGGAUGCAGACACCAUGUGUACUUCACGAACACCGGACGGUGCGCGAUCUCCGGAGGCGCAAAGGAAAAGAGCUACGCUGGAUGUGGAUGCAUUUAAGAGAUUGCUUCUUACUGGGGAUGCUGGAAUUGAGCUGGGUCCUGCUCCAGCACAUUCCCCUGCUCAGUUUCAGGAAGAGAGGAUGGCUGGUGGUAAUGUUAUUGAUUCAAAACCCUGGAGACAAACCAACUCCGAGUCCACACCCGCUUUGCAGGAUUAUGUGAGGCGUGGAUCCUCGACGAUGUCUAGUUUUGAAAAGGAGAGUGUGAACCCUGACGGACAAUCCAAGCCAAGUGGAAAGAAGAAACCACCGCCUCCUAAGGUGAGGCAUGGGAAACUGAUUCAAAGUGACACCAGCGAUAUGUCUUCGCUUGGAAUUUCGAGCCCGUCCCCGUCAUCGGACAAUUCUUUCCUGCCGUUGAGACCUCCUUCUCCAUCAAUCUCACAGCAGGGAGGAAGAGUUGUCUCCGAUCCUCCCAUCCAACGCUCUGAUUGUACCACCAGGAUUUCAGCUUUGGACCGACGUGCUGAAGUUCGGUCUGAAGCGUUUUUGAACCCCAAGCCGCUCCCACCCAUCCCUCCUGUGCGAAGAAGCAGUCAGCUAAAACAGUGCAAACCCUCUCCCCCGAUCAGCCGUUCAUGUUCUACUCGACUUCCCAAAACAUCGUCCCUUUCCGGGUCUACAGCACCCCGAACUCCGCCUCCACCACCUUCGCGCCGUAAAGAUCGGGAGUCGUCCAAUUCAUCGCCUUCUACCCAGUCUCGAUUCCCUAUUACUCCAGACGGCACCGCUCCUCCAGAUGAAGAAGCAGAAGAUGCUUCUGAAAACACCAGCCUCCAGCGCUCCGAAACCGGUUCGAUACGCUCUGUGAAUAGACUAUCACGGCUUUCAGGCCCGUCUGCUGUGCCACCGCGACCCCCACCUCCGAGACGGAGCGGCGGCUCGCAAGCAUACAGCUCUGAAGAUUCCCGGCCGGCGAGGCCAAUGUCGAUGGUUGAAACAAGCAGCAAUCAGAUUAAAGACAAAGAAGUAGACGAAGAAUCGCCUCCUGCGCCGCGCUCCAACGCGAAUAAUAUCCUCGCGGACCUAUCGAAGUUGCAGAAAGAGGUGGACGAAUUCAGAGGCAAGUAUGAGAAGAAACAGCCUAAUUGA